AUGUCAUGCUUCGGGGAAACCUAUGAUCAACUUGACCAGCCUGGCCAACCUAGCCGAACCAUUCAACAUGGUCAACGACGAGCUUUACAGCAACGUGGAUGUGUUGGAAACCUCGUCGAACAAACGAUCAAGCAUAGCGAUGGAUCUUAUCGAAGAAUAUUCCGAUGGAGCCGUUCACCACCUAAAAACAGCAUUGCCAGAGCGUCAGCUGCGACGCAGGGUAAUCUAUUCGGCCCUGCCGUGGCCGAUUUGGCAUCUUCGACAACCGAUUUGGCAUCUUCGACAACCGAGGCAAGGUCGGAAGAACGCGAGUGCUCCAUAUGUUUAAGGGACUACGAAGAUUGGAAGCAGAUGGAUGUAGUUGUGGAUGACUGCCGUCAUGAAUUUUGCGUUGAUUGCAUUCUUGGUUGGAUAUAUCACACUCUACAAAAGAACGUGGAGAUUUCGGAACACAACCAGCUUUACGCAUAA